AUGCGGUUUGAGGGAUCUUUGGUCUUUGAAAGUUUUAACAUUUUGGUUUUCGCAUUUGAGCUUCGCAGACCUCAUAAGCUUUAUCAGUGCUUUUCUGAAAUUUGGAGGAAGAGAGAGACUGAAAAGCAGAUAGACAAAGCCUUCUUGCCCUUGGCGAGGAAGAGAUCAAGCUGCUACUUUGCGUAUGUUCGAGAACGGAACACAAAGGCAAAGCUCUGUCAUGUUGCACAUUUUGUACUUUUAAAAGUCCUCAACAUCCUCAGUCCAACAAAGAUUAAUGAGAUAAAAGGCGUUGGGGAAAUCCUUGAAGGUCUCCCCUCAUAUUCUCAGAGGCAUUUUAGCCGAAUGGACAAGCACGAAACAGACACAUAUUUGAACCAGAGACAGAUACAAGGGUAUUGCAUGACAAGUCUUUGAUGUAGUAUAAUUUAGAUACAAACUGAUGACUGUGAUCAAUUUAUUUUCUCUUUGUGGUUUGUAAUCAGAAAUCCACCAUUUUAGUUAUACAUAGGCUUCUAAUGUAAAUCCAAUAGAAUAUAGAUGCAAACGGAUAGAAAUAUUUCUACCGAAUGGAUUUAACUGCUUU